GUGACUAUAAAGGGAGCUCCUCUCUCGCUCACUCAGAGUCAGAUGAGAGCAGCACACUGAGGGACCGACCACAUAACGUAACGGAGUGUUUAUUCCCACUCUGCUGGAAUACGCUAGUUUUCAUUUACCCUUUCAGUGAGAGGUGGUGCUGACCGUCUCACUUCAGAGUUUAUGGCCCAAAGUGUUCCCAGGAGUGGACUGCUUUCAGCGACGAGAGUUAUUCUUGAAAAGACUUGAAGCUUUGAUCACCAUUCACAGGUAUAGAGUCAUCAACCCAUCUGUAGAAAUGCCCGUCCGGAAACCCAAAGACCCGGCGCCCUCCGCGUCAGUGAAGUUCUUCGGCGCCGGCACCGCCGCCUGCAUUGCUGACCUCAUCACCUUUCCCCUGGAUACCGCCAAAGUCAGACUGCAGAUUCAGGGAGAGUCUCUGGAAGUUAGAGGGCACGACAUGGCGAAAUAUCGUGGCGUGUUCGGCACCAUCAACACCAUGGUGCGCACCGAGGGCCCCCGGAGCCUUUACAAUGGGCUGGUGGCUGGACUCCACAGGCAGAUGAGCUUUGCCUCUGUGCGGAUUGGACUGUACGACUCCAUGAAGCAGUUUUACGCUCCGGGCACAGAGAGUGCCGGGAUCGUUGCCCGGCUCAUGGCCGGCUGCACCACGGGAGCCAUGGCUGUGGCCUUCGCACAGCCGACAGACGUGGUGAAGGUGCGCUUUCAGGCCCAGGUACGACUCGCCGACGGUGAGAGGAGGUACAACAGCACCCUGGGCGCCUAUAAAACCAUUGCCAGAGAUGAGGGCGUUCGGGGCCUUUGGAAAGGUUGCAUGCCCAACAUCACCCGCAAUGCCAUUGUAAACUGUGCAGAGCUGGUGACCUAUGAUAUAGUCAAAGACCUCAUCCUUAAGUACGACCUAAUGACAGACAACAUGCCGUGCCACUUCACGGCCGCCUUCGGUGCCGGCUUCUGCACGACAGUGGUCGCGUCUCCCGUGGACGUGGUCAAAACGCGCUUCAUGAACUCGGCGGCGGGCCAGUACCACAGCGCCGUCAGCUGUGCUGUCACCAUGCUGAGGAAUGAAGGCCCCACAGCUUUCUACAAAGGGUUCAUGCCUUCUUUCCUCCGACUGGGAUCUUGGAACAUUGUGAUGUUCGUGACCUAUGAACAGAUCAAGCGCGGCAUGACGAGGGCGCAGCAGUACUGGGAGUCGCCGUUUUGACCUCGGCUCGUCGGAAUGUGUCCUCAGACGUGGCUGCGCAAACACAACAGCCCGGCCUUCGCUGCUACGCAGUGACUGGAGAAGGAGCGCUGUGAAUGAGGUGCAGGAGGGGGCUGACGUGGUGUCAGGGGCCCAUGGUCACACAUGUGGCUCCGAGACGGACUUCAUACAUCAUCAGCCGUAGCUCUGUGAUUUCCUGAGUUAACGCCGAGCUUGUGGACAUCAUUGUAAUGCACAGGAAGCGAUUAUGCACGAUAACAGCGAGUACAUUCACUGUGAUGUUCUUAUUCAGGGUUAAAAGACAAACUUAAAACAGCAAUUCCACAAAGUCCUGUUCUUUCGGUGCCUCCACAAACCCGAUGAGCUGGGAGCUCGACUUGAAAAGACAUUUUGAUGUUUACAUUGAUUAGUUGUAUGAAUGCAUUUUCAUAGUAGACGCGUCUACUCGCUGCUUCUUGUAAAAUGUCGAGAAAAGCAUGAUUUCUUGCUGGUCAAUAAGUCAUGAAUAUGUUGUACAAAACAAUAAACAGAGUUCCACUGUU